GCGGUCGGAUGCUGUCCGAGAGCGGUCUAGGAUGAGGGAGAGCAGAGAGAUGACCACCCGCUGUAAACAGCGAUGUUAGUGGGGGCUGACUGGCGAUCCCUUAAGAAUCAGUCUUUUUAGCACCCAUUCUUGUGUUCUGUGCAAUUAGAGGGUCAGCUUUCUUUAUUGUGCUGAGCGUUGGCUCAUUUCUAUCCCCAAGAAAUCCUCAGGGUAGAGGGUCAAAGUAGUGGAAAGUUCUGUCUGCCAGAUGCUUGAACUUGUCCAGAUGAUUGUGUUGUUUUCUAGGUGAAAGAUGAUAGUUUAUUAUUAAGUAUUGUGAACAAGUUAAAAACAUGUGCCUUUUCCCCUUAGUGUUUACCCAUAGUUCACUUUUCCUUGCUGCAGGUAGUACUUGUUAUUGUAACACUCCAUCUAGCUAAGUGGUUGAUUGCAUUGUAUUCCAAGUGCCCACAUUACAUUUCUAGGUGAAAGAGCGUCAUACCCAACUGUCAUGAAACCUAACCCAUGUAACCUCGUGUAAUCCUUUGGGAUUGACUAGUGCAGAAAGCUGGCUCAGGCAUCUCUUAUGUGUUCUGUCAUAUCACAACAGAAUGAAGAUUUCAAGAGUCUAAACAUUGUCUUUCAAAUGCCAACAUGUGUGCUUAUCCAUGAGUGGUUGUGUCUGAUAAGUGUCCCCAAAGACCAAGCAGAAAUAAUUUCAAUCUUUGUUGUUAAUGUUCAGGUCCUAGAAAUUAACAAAAUAAAAAAUCUGAGACAGUGCACAGAGGAAUUCAUUCCUUUAUUGGUUUAUCAGAUUUACAUUAUGGGCCAUUUUCUCUGCCAGUGAAGGGAAUACAGGAUGAAUAAGAAACAGUGCCUAGACUCCUAGAAUACAGUGGGGAACAAAGAUAUAUAAACAGAUUAUCAUACAAGAUAAAUGAUAUUAUAAAUAUAUGCUGCCUAUUAUUGCAACAUGCUGGAAGGGUACCCAACUCAGCCUAAGAUAUGCUUCUGAUUAGAAUGGAUGCAGCUGCUUACUAUACUUAACUUAGCUUGUCAGUGAUCCCCUAUGAAACCAUUAGUACAUAUAUCUCUUAGGCUCUCUCACUAAUCCACUUUGUCACAGGAGUCCACAAGAGGACAUUUUACUUCCUUCUGCCUCAAAACUACUUUAUUUUCAGACUUAAGCAGCAGUGAUUAUUGCUAUUUCUCGUUAUUAUCUCUUUUAUCUAUGUUGUGCCCCUAGAUGGAAAGUUCAAUCAAGAACCUCCAGGAGUCAGAUCAUGUGGGGCCAGAUAUAUGAGGAAUGGCUUCUUGUUGGAACCAAGCAAGGACAUCUUCUUCUCUAUAGGAUUCGGAAGGAUGUUGUGCCAGCAGAUAUAGCAUCGCCUGAAAGUGGCAGUUGCAACAGGUUUGAAGUGACACUAGAGAAAUCCAAUAAGAAUUUCUCCAAAAAGAUUCAGCAGAUCCAUGUUGUUUCCCAGUUUAAGAUUCUGGUCAGUCUUUUAGAAAACAACAUUUAUGUCCAUGACCUAUUGACAUUCCAACAAAUCACUACAGUUUCAAAGGCAAAAGGAGCAUCGCUAUUCACAUGUGACCUUCAGCACACAGAUACUGGUGAGGAGGUAUUGCGGAUGUGUGUAGCAGUGAAAAAGAAGCUGCAGCUUUACUUCUGGAAAGACAGGGAAUUUCAUGAAUUGCAGGGGGACUUCAGUGUACCAGAUGUGCCCAAGUCCAUGGCGUGGUGUGAAAAUUCUAUCUGUGUGGGUUUCAAGAGAGACUACUAUCUAAUAAGGGUGGAUGGAAAAGGGUCCAUCAAAGAACUCUUUCCAACAGGAAAACAGCUGGAGCCCUUAGUCGCACCUCUGGCAGAUGGAAAAGUGGCUGUGGGUCAGGAUGAUCUUACUGUGGUCCUCAAUGAGGAGGGAAUCUGCACACAGAAAUGUGCCCUGAAUUGGACAGACAUACCUGUGGCCAUGGAGCACCAGCCUCCUUAUAUCAUCGCAGUGUUGCCUCGAUAUGUGGAGAUCCGAACUUUUGAACCAAGGCUUCUCGUCCAGAGCAUUGAAUUGCAGAGGCCCCGUUUCAUUACCUCAGGAGGAUCAAACAUUAUCUAUGUGGCCAGCAAUCAUUUUGUUUGGAGACUCAUUCCUGUCCCUAUGGCAACUCAAAUCCAACAGCUUCUCCAGGACAAGCAGUUUGAAUUGGCUCUGCAGCUCGCAGAAAUGAAAGAUGAUUCUGACAGUGAAAAGCAGCAACAAAUCCAUCACAUCAAGAACUUGUAUGCCUUCAACCUCUUCUGCCAGAAACGCUUUGAUGAGUCCAUGCAGGUCUUUGCUAAACUUGGCACAGAUCCCACCCACGUCAUGGGCCUGUACCCCGAUCUGCUGCCCACAGACUACAGGAAGCAAUUACAGUAUCCUAACCCAUUGCCUGUGUUGUCUGGCGCUGAAUUAGAGAAAGCUCACUUAGCUCUGAUCGACUACCUGACACAGAAACGAAGUCAGUUGGUAAAGAAGCUGAAUGACUCUGAUCAUCAGUCUAGCACCUCCCCUCUCAUGGAAGGCACUCCCACCAUCAAAUCCAAGAAGAAGCUGCUGCAAAUCAUUGACACCACCCUGCUCAAGUGCUACCUCCACACAAACGUGGCCCUGGUGGCCCCCUUGCUGCGCCUGGAGAACAAUCACUGCCACAUUGAGGAGAGUGAGCAUGUGCUGAAGAAGGCUCACAAGUAUAGUGAACUGAUAAUCCUGUAUGAGAAGAAGGGGCUCCAUGAGAAAGCUCUACAGGUGCUGGUGGACCAGUCCAAGAAAGCAAACUCCCCUCUAAAAGGCCAUGAGAGGACAGUGCAGUAUCUGCAGCACCUGGGCACAGAAAACCUGCAUUUGAUUUUUUCCUACUCAGUGUGGGUGCUGAGAGACUUCCCGGAAGAUGGCCUGAAGAUUUUUACUGAAGAUCUCCCAGAGGUGGAGUCUCUGCCACGAGAUCGAGUGCUUGGCUUCUUAAUAGAGAAUUUUAAGGGUCUGGCUAUUCCAUAUCUGGAACACAUCAUCCAUGUUUGGGAGGAGACAGGCUCUCGAUUCCACAACUGCCUAAUCCAGCUGUACUGUGAGAAGGUGCAAGGUCUGAUGAAGGAGUACCUCCUGUCCUUCCCUGCAGGCAAAACCCCAGUCCCUGCUGGAGAGGAACUGGGUGAGCUGGGAGAAUACCGGCAAAAGCUGCUCAUGUUCUUAGAGAUUUCCAGCUACUAUGAUCCAGGCCGGCUCAUCUGUGAUUUUCCUUUUGAUGGCCUCUUAGAAGAACGAGCCCUCUUGUUGGGGCGCAUGGGGAAACAUGAGCAAGCACUCUUCAUUUAUGUCCAUGUCUUGAAGGAUACAAGGAUGGCUGAGGAGUACUGCCACACACACUACGACCAAAACAAAGAUGGCAACAAAGAUGUAUAUCUGUCCCUGCUUCGGAUGUACCUGUCACCCCCCAGCAUUCACUGCCUAGGGCCAAUAAAGCUGGAGCUGCUGGAGCCACAAGCCAACCUCCAGGCUGCCCUGCAGGUCCUUGAGCUACACCAUAGCAAACUGGAUACCACCAAGGCUCUCAACCUUCUGCCAGCAAACACUCAGAUCAAUGACAUACGUAUCUUUCUGGAAAAGGUCUUGGAAGAAAAUGCACAAAAGAAACGGUUCAAUCAAGUACUCAAGAACCUUCUCCAUGCUGAGUUCCUGAGGGUCCAGGAAGAACGGAUUUUACACCAGCAGGUGAAGUGCAUCAUCACAGAGGAGAAGGUGUGCAUGGUAUGUAAGAAGAAGAUUGGGAACAGUGCAUUUGCAAGAUACCCCAAUGGAGUGGUUGUGCACUACUUCUGUUCCAAAGAAGUAAACCCAGCCGACACCUGAGCCCAGCAUCCCAGGGAUUCAGCAUGGACAGCUCAGCUAUCCCAGAGAGGUGAAGGAGCAGCUGGCCUUAGGAAUCGGGGGCUGCCACCAUUCAGUGUCUCCCCAUUUGGACACUACUGGUUACCUUGCACCCUGGAACAUCUCUGAAUUAGCUAGACUUCUGGUCUGGCAUUACCAGCUUUUUUAUAGAAAAGAGAUUAGUUACACCUGAUACCAUUAUGUUGUGGGCAAUUCCAGAGAAUUAACACCUGCAUGGACAGGAAGAGAUGCACCAUCUUGCCUUGGCAUAUUAAUCACCUGAAUAAGGAGACUUAUUCCAAAUGUUUAUUGUACCCAUGGGGUUAUUUAUUGAGAGUUUUUCUAUUAAGAUAAGUGCACGGCUUCACAAGCACCCACCCCUCAACAAGGCUGCCUGGAGAGUCCUGUGGAAGAAUGAAUACAAGAACCACUCCAGCCACAGAGACCAAGCAACUCAUCUGUGUAAUGCCAGCGAUUUCACCACAGAAGCUGAGCUCUGUGUCCCCUCAGCAGUCUCCUUGCUUGUUUCUUUAAUUUUCAGUUUUCUUUUAUUUUACACUAUUUAUUUUCUCCCUUUAUCUCUCCCCUCACUGUGUCACCCAGGCUGGUUCCCACUCUGUGGACACUAGGAAUAGCUAAUAUUUAAAUGAGGUAAAAUGAGAAGCAAGAGGAAGUCUCAGUUUCUAGGAACACACUGAUAAUCAAUUGUCAGUACAUUGUAAAUAGGCCCUCUUUGGCCAUACUAUUAGGCAAACUUUCCCAUAGAGGCUCCUGACUCACUUACCUCCAGCCUGGACAGGUUGGUUUAGCCUUUGGGAACAGAGAUCUUUAUGCUUUGGACACCUUUCUCCUUUCCAACCAGUUUCUGUCCUCUUACCUUCCAGCUGGGCCUGGCCAUUGUUCCUUGGCUUUGUUUUUCAGGGAUUGGAGGAUUGUGUUCUGAUGGAAAGUUGGAUCUCUCCCACACGCUAGAAUUAGUCAUAUCAGGAAUUGACACUGCUUUGGUGCUGAGUGUUAGUGAGGAUUCAGGAACAGCAGAAUGAUACAGGAGAGUAGGGGCAGGAGCAUAUGGUUUUGUAAGAUAACUCACCACCAGUUCUAUUGAGUGCUGUGGGGGAUCCUGCCAGAGAUGCCCAAGAUGGAGUUUCUUGCAUUGUAGGCUGUGUGGGGCAAGUGGUCUUGCAUCUUAUCCUCACUAGGGUUUUUGUAGAUUUGUAAUCUUGUUGCCCUUGUGUCUUUAAGGAUAGUGAGGAUGGCUGAUGGUACCCAAUGCUGACACUUUCAGUGGCUCAUCCUUGACAUACAGUGGUCCUUUGCAAACUACAGUACUGUUCUGGGUUGGACUGUGUGCUAUAGGCCAACUUGUUGAAGAUAAGUAAGCAGACUGGGCUCCUCCCAGAUACUUUCUAUGUGUAGGUGGGAAGGUCUGAGGAUACUGAGCAAGUCCACCAGCACCAUUCACAGACAUGGGGGACUCUGUUCAGAUCUGAGAACCUGGACAAUGUUUCAGAAGAGCCUUCUGGAGCAGCAUGUGGAGAAAGAAAAGUCCCUGGCCAUUGCCACUCACAAGAACCAGUGCUGUGCAUGACCCUAUCUGCACUUCUCUGGCUGUCCUUCCUCCAGAAGCAGCAGAAAAGAGCAGGCCAAAGUUCCUGCAUGGCAAGCCCUGCCUUCUUGGCCUGCUGUGCUUGUACCUUCCAUUCUCAUGAACUGUAUUGGAAGCAAUAGAAUAAAGAGUGUGCAUUUUCUUCCCAUCUGGUAUCCCUAUAUGACCCCGUUUUCCCAAACUCCAGUCUUCCCUCACUGGACUCUGUCCACCCUCUGCAUAGGUAUGGAGAAGGCUGGAGAUGAAGGUCCUGUAGUGAAGACUGAUGGACAUCUCAUAACUUCUUCUAAUAAACAUAAUCAAGCAAGAA